UCUCAUUCUUUCUUAUAGAUUUCAUACAUCGUUUCCCAAAACACUCCUCUCUUCAAACCCAUCCAAUCCUCUGAAUUCCUGCAAUCCAAUCUCCAAUGUCGUUCCUCAGAUCAUCUACUCAUGUCCUAGUAUAAUCAACCGAGGCAAGGCAUGGAUCUUGACACACAUACGAUGGUCGGCCUCAAGGUGGUUUUUUUUGCACUCAUCAAUCGUGGUAGCAUUACUCUAUAAGCAUUUCAGUCGAAUGCAUCUUCGGGGAUGGGUGUCGCCGACCAAUGCAAGCAUACAUUUCUGGAGCUACAAAGGAAGAAGGUGCACCGCUAUGUGAUAUUUAAGAUCGACGAGAAGCGAAAAGAGGUCGUUGUGGAGAAGACAGGUGGCCCAGCCGAAAGCUACGAUGACUUUGUGGCCUCUAUGCCAGAAAACGAUUGUCGAUAUGCCAUCUACGAUUUCGACUUUGUUACCCAAGAGAACUGCCAGAAGAGCAAGAUUUUCUUCAUUGCAUGGUCACCGUCGGUGUCGCGAAUCCGAGCCAAGAUGCUGUAUGCAACCUCAAAAGACCGUUUCAGGCGGGAGCUUGACGGAAUUCACUAUGAGAUUCAGGCGACUGACCCAUCUGAAAUGGACCUUGAAGUGCUACGAGAACGUGCACAUUAGAACUCGAAAAUGAGGGGUGGGGCCCGUGAAUCACAUGGGCUGAAGCACGAAAGUGGCUUAUUUAAGUAAAUCUUAUAUUACUUUUAUUGUAAUAAUCAAAAUGCUUACUAAUUCCUGCUUUUAUAUAUA